CUCCCUCCGCCGCUGCGCUGCUGCUGUGACCAUGGGGAACCUCAUGUCCAGGAAGAAGAAGAGGGAGAGAGAACAUGUUACCGACCAGGACAGAGCGGUCCUUGAUCUCAAGAACUCUCGCGAUCGGCUGACGCGUUACCAGAAGAAGUUGGACCUCGAAUGCGGUAAGCUUCAGGCACAGGCUGCAGCGAUGGUGAAAGAGAAGCGAAAAGACCGCGCGCUUCUUCUUCUCAAGAUCAAGAAGCUUAAGCAAGAUCAAGCGGACAAGGCUAGCUCGCAGCUCCUCAGCGUUCACCAGAUGAUGGACACCAUCGAUUGGGAGACGCAGCAGCUUCAGGUGUUCAAAGCCCUCAAGGAGGGUAACGUGGCGCUCAACAAGCUCCACGAGGAGAUGCCCCUGGACAAGGUGGAGGAGCUCAUGGCGGACACUGCGGAGUCCAUCGCGAUGGAAGAGGAAAUUUCCAAGGCCAUCGGCGGCUCUUGGACGGACGCCAACGAGGAGGACCUCCUUGCCGAGUUGGCUGAGCUAGAGUCCGAAGCGGCACCAGAACCAGUUCCAGCAACGGAACCGGAACCAGCUCCAGCGACGGCAUCAGAACCAGUUCCAGCAACGGCAUCAGAACCAGUUGCAGCAGCGGUCCCCGCCGCCGCCGAGGCCUCGAAACCGUCGGAGGAAACUGCUGCACAGGAAGCAUCCUCCCUGGAGGAGCUGUUGCCGGAGGCCCCAACGGAGGCGCCGGUGGUCGUCCCUACCGUUACAGAUGCAGCGGAACCUCAGCAGGAGGAGGAGCGACCCACGCUCGUGCCGGCUUGAUCGAUAUCAUCUACGUGAAAGCUUGUUUUUGGUUGUUGUUUUUUUUUAAAGAAUGCACAACUAGUUGCUCUCGACAUCCUACAUCCACAGAAAUUUGUGCGGGAUAAUGCAGCGAUGCGACGAAUUUCAUUGUGCUACUUGACCUACCUGUGUUUCUACUAUUCCCGGAGCAGCACGCAGCAAUACCUACCCUGUGGGUGACGGGCUGCUGCGUGAUUUUUUGUUUCAUUCUGCGAUUGUCAGAGUCUGAACUGUUGCGUGUGGCGACUGUAUUUUUAUGUGUGGCGGCGGGUAGCAACCGAUGCUCACAUCACCGGCUUGAGAUAGGUUCCAAGUCUCAUGGCGCUGUACAGUGCGUACGAUGUGUGUUUCGUUGCAGCUUUGUUUCUGUUUUUUGCACUCAGACUUGGUUUAUUGUCGUAUUGUUUUUCGAGCCAACUCUUGUGCCAUCGCAAGCACGCACUUCGUUUUUUUUUCUAGAUUUGUUUCGGGCUUUGCACUCCGACUUCGUUUUUGGUCCCUCUCCGUUUUCCGAGCCAACUCAUGUGCCAUCGCAAUCCCAUGGAAUCUGAAAUAUCUCUCCUUCGAAGCGCAAUACCGGCUGUGUACGUUACACACACUUUUCACCCGAAGGUGAAAUGUCGUGUUUUCGUCGGUGGCCCGGUACUCGAAUAACCGUGCAGACAGAGCGCACGCGGGGGGGGGUUGUUUUUUGCCAAUAUUUUGGUUGGAGUGGGGUGGGUCUAAAUUUCGACUGAAACGCCCAUUGGACACACUUCCCUCCUUUGUGAAAGGAACAAUUUUUUCUGGCCUGGGGAGGGGCAUGCCUCGUCCAAUUGUAUCUCGGCCAUUUGUCGGUGUGUACCUACUAGAAGUAUAAUAGUUGCUUCCCGCCAGGUAUUUACGCAUAUGCCUGUGAGGAGAUCGUUGUCCAUCUGCCUUUUUUUUUGCCCUUGCCGCGACGAAGCAACCAACGCCAAAGUCAUGCUGUGCGAGAUUAUUUUUAGGGGGGAAUUGGGAACACCAGCGAUGAGAAAAAGGCCUUCGUGUGUUUCUGGUGUCGAAGGGGAUGGGGAUUGGGCCCGGGAGUCGGUGUGUUAGCCCCUCCAACAAUGUAUGCGACGAUAAUUAGUCAUAAUAAAUGCGUUCCCUGAUUGUUUUAGUCAGCACCAUGUUGACUUUUUUCAGAGUCCACUACUCCUCAUGUUAUGUUCUCGUCGAAGCACACCUUGAGCUGAUUUGAUUUCCCACACACUGCAGUCAGCACC